CAUCUAGGUGUCUGCUAAUUGCUCAUAUUUAUUUUUCUGUGAGAACUACUCAAGAAUUUAUCUAAUUCUUUCAUAGAUAAUAUUUUACAAAACAAAUGAAUGUGACACAAGAUCAAGACAGGCCACAAUGCAUUGACAUGACAACUCAUGACAAUCUGACAUCGACAAGGCAUGACAUAUGAGAUUUAGUCUGAAAAAUAUCUCUUUGCCCUGCCUUACUUAUCUAAAUUAUCCGAUUUCUUUUAGAUUUAAGAAUUUUAAAUUCAAAUCCAAUAAGUAAUUGGAAAUAAAGUAUAUCCAAUUUAGUACAAAACCACUGCAGCCAGAGUUUAUUUACUCAAAGUGAUAUUACAAAUUGGAAAGAUUAAAGAUCGUUCUAUAUAAACUAAUAAUCAAUCGAAAUAAAUAUAUAUAAUUGCAAUAUGAGUAAUGUUGAAAUUACUGAAGUAAAUGAACUAAAUGGCAAUGUAAAUCAAGAUAAAGUGCGAAAAGGAUGGGUUAAAUUCGACGAUGAAUCUCCAAAGUCCGCAGAAAACGAUGUGCCACCAAGUGUUUCCUCCCCCGAAGGAGCGAGUACUUCUGCAACAGCUCAGUCUGCUGCAGUACUGAAAACGGAAACCGUACAUAUAAACUUGGAAAGAGGAGAUAAAAACAUUGAGCCCAUAUCAUUAGUUACAUUAUCCAAAAAUGUCGAGUUUGUUAAUGUUCGUCAAGGAUUCUCUAAUGGUGAUAUAAUUGUGACUCUGCUGCCUGUGAACACUAAAUGGCCCUGGGUGACAGCAGCACACUUCCGGCCAGAACUAGUGCCAGAGGAGCUCAUGGCACAGGGACUAACUCUGACAGUGGAGGAAUAUGUUCAUGCAAUGGAACUGCUUAUUAACGAUGCUCGUUUUACAUUGUAUAACAUAUGCUACAAGCGUGUGCUUGUUUGUUGGAUAACGCUUGCAUUUCUUGUGCUGCUAGCACUGUUGUUUUCUGGCCUGACUGGACUGAUAUUGUUUUCAUUGGGUGUGUUAUGGCUGAUUCUCAACGCAGCUGCAAUUUUCCUGUGCAUGUGGAUAAAGUUGAGAUUAUCAAAAGGAUUGGAACAAUGUUUAGCAAGAGUUAACAAACUGCUAAGUAAACAUAAAUUGAUCCUAGCACUUGAUGAUAGAGGAAAGAUUUCAUGUCAUAAAGUAAAUCUAUGCUUUAUUUACUUUGAUUCUGGACCAUGUAUUGCACACAUACAACAGUUCAUUGAAAGUGAAGAAGGUAAAACAAUAAUGCAGGGCUGGGAACAGAGACUGGAUGUGCCAACUAAUGAUAUUGUAAUCCAAGGAACACAGUCAACCAGGUUGUCCAGAAAACAGGGUAUGGCAGAGCAAGUGUACCUCCGGUACCUGCAGCGCUGGGGGAAAGACUUCCUGCGCCGCCGGCUCGACUGGACUCUUGACGAGGAAGGCGGCAACCCCGCCGCCCCGCGUCAUUUAACACAGGCGCUCUGCCCUUGUCAAUAUGUUGAGGAAGUAUUGCGGAACAAAGAGCCCAGAGAUACACGCGCUUGUUGCCCGCUCUGCAAUGAUUGGCUCAGGCGUCGCGGUCUUGAUUGACCAAGUAUCAACAUUUUUGGAAAGGGGGUGUCUUCUAUAUCUGCGGUAUGCUGGACGCUGGGGGUCACAGGCUGUUAAAAAUAGACUUAACCUCAGCAGCCUGGUGCCUGGUCGCCACGGCGAGAAAUAUGUAUGUCCUUGUCAGUUUAUAGAAGAACACCUUAAGGUCAAACCUCCUGCGGGUAUUGCAAAAUAUUUUACUCUUCCUAACCAAAAUGUUCAAGUUUAUUAACUAACUUCAAACUUAAAUAAACUCAUAUGUUCAUGCAUUCGCUCAUAUCAAAGUACCUAUGUGUAUCUGUCCGUCCAUUUAGUAUUAAUAACAUAUCAUUAUAAUUAUAAAAAAAAAAAAAAAUUAUAUAUAUUUUAUAGAAAUAAUGAAAAACGUACUUAAAUACCUAUAUGUUUACAUAUUAUAUGUUAUUGUAGUUUAAUAUUAUUAAGGUACACUUAACUAACUAAUAUUGCAUACUGCAAUGGUUAAAGAAUAGCGCUCUCAUCGCUCUGGGGUGCCUCAUGUCUCGUUACCCGCACGAAUAUUUAUGAAUGUGGCUAGACUAAAUUUUUUUAACAUAGAAUUUCAUGUGGUCUAUAUGUACCACCAUAUAAUAUACAUUAGUGAUGAGAGCUGUUCUUAAAAAUCAUAAGAGUUGCCAUAAGUCUACUUACGAAUUCGGCCAAAGUUUGGGUAAACAAAGAUGUUUAUUUUUUAUUAUCAUCUCACGAAAUGCUCAAUUUCUAUCAAUUUACUUAACAGCACUAUCAUUUUUAAGAUGAGAUGCAAUAUUAUAUAAAGCUUAAUCUCAAAUUAAAUCUCAGCUUAUUUUAUUCAAAUUGUGUUUUAAAGUUUAUAUAAUUAGGUUGUUUUAUCAAGUAUUUGUUUCUAGUGGCCAUACAUUUAAGUUUUUACUGUUGUACAGAAAUAAGUAAUUUUAUUGGAAUAUAAUUUAGUUUUGGAAAAAAUCUGCUUUGUCGUAGUCUUUACAAGUUUAGAAAUUAAGCAUAUUUAUUAAAGUACCUACUUAUUUACCCUAUGGCAUAUAAUAUCGAUUACCUUUAUGAAAUCAAGAAUAAAAACUUUAUUAUUGUGGUAAUUGCCAAAAUUACCAGUAAGUAUUGUAAAAAUAUAUGAGUCUCAAAAUGUAUAAACAAUGUAUAAUGCUAAUACCUAGACACAGAUAUGGAAACAAUGAAAUCACAGUUGCACAGCCUAGUCAUCAACUUCUCAAUGAACUAAUUUAUACACAUCAUCAGUGUGCUGAACUCUAUUUAAAACCAAAGCUCAAAGUGUGAAAUUGUUUCAGAGCUAAUUAUUUUCGAAUGGUUAUUUUUUUAGAUCCUGUUAGUAAUCAUUAAGGGUAAAGAGUAUAAUUUUACGAUCGUAGAGGUAUAUAGUGGAAGCACUACACUUACCAGUUUAAAAACUGUAUAAGUAAAAUACAUUAAUUACAUUCCGUUUUUUUUAAAAUAUUGUAAAUAAUGCUCGCGUGAUUUUGAGGGAUGUAUAUUUCAUUAAAGAUGAGACAGUGUAUUAUAUAUUUGCUAUUACAAUAGGAACGCGGCAAUAGUAUACUAUAUAAACAUGAUUAAGUACUAAAAUAUAUGUAAGUGAACAGGUAUUCGUAAUGUUGUGAUUAAUGGAAACUUAUUCCGUCCUAAAUAUGAGAAGUAAUAGGAACUAAAAUAUAUUAAUUAGUAUACCUUUACUUACCUACAUAUUAUUAUUUUUAUGUAAUUACAUUAUGUUGAAUAAUAUAUACAUAUUUUUAAUGUU